UGCCCUGUGGCUUCCUCAGAGCCCAGUGUUCCUGGGACGUCCCCUAUUUGAAGAAAUUAGGAUGGAACAUGACAACCCAACCAUCAGACCUCGUCGGAUCCAGAACCAGAACGUCAUUUACCGUUUAGAACGUCGAAGGAUCACCUCUGGCAAAAUUGGCACACAUUGGCACCAGGUCCGCAUUUUUCAUCAGAACGUUUUCCCCAAUUUUACCGUGGUCAACGUAGAGAAGCCGCCCUGCUUCUUACGAAAGUUUUCCCCCGAUGGAAGAUACUUCAUUGCUUUCUCCUCAGAUCAGACGUCUUUGGAGAUCUAUGAAUAUCAAGGAUGUCAGGCGGCAGAGGAUCUCCUCCAGGGCUAUGAUGGAGAGAUCUUGGCCAAUGGCAACGAUCAGAGGUCCGUCAACAUCCGUGGGCGGCUCUUUGAACGGUUCUUUGUCCUUCUUCAUAUCACCAACGUGGCCUCCAAUGGGGAGCACUUGAACCGUGAAUGUAGCUUGUUUACAGACGAUUGUCGGUACGUCAUUGUCGGUUCUGCUGCCUAUCUGCCCGAGGAGCCCCAUCCUCCCUUUUUCGAGGUGUACCGCAACAGUGAAUCAGUGACUCCUAAUCCCAGGUCUCCUUUGGAAGAUUAUUCUUUGCACAUUAUAGACCUUCACACUGGUCGGUUGUGUGACACCCGGACCUUCAAAUGCGACAAAGUCAUCUUAUCCCACAACCAAGGACUCUACCUGUAUAAGAAUAUCUUGGCUAUUCUCUCCGUGCAGCAGCAAACAAUUCACGUCUUUCAGGUAACGGCUGAAGGUACCUUCAUUGAUGUGCGAACUAUAGGGCGCUUUUGCUACGAGGAUGACCUUCUCAUGCUCUCUGCUGUCUACCCAGAGGUCCAGCGGGAUUCACAGACAGGAAUGGCCAACCCCUACAAAGAGCCGUUCAUCAAUUCUCUGAAACACAGGCUGUUAGUCUAUUUGUGGCGAAGGGCAGAGCAAGACGGGAGCGCCAUGGCUAAAAGGAGGUUCUUCCAAUAUUUUGACCAGCUAAGGCAGCUCCGCAUGUGGAAGAUGCAACUGUUGGAUGAGAAUCAUCUCUUCAUCAAAUACACAAGUGAGGAUGUAGUCACACUGCGAGUGACGGAUCCUUCACAGCCUUCCUUUUUUGUGGUGUACAAUAUGGUGACCACCGAGGUGAUCGCCGUCUUUGAGAACACGUCCGACGAGCUGCUGGAACUCUUUGAGAACUUCUGUGACCUCUUCCGCAACGCCACUCUCCACAGCGAGGCUGUUCAGUUCCCGUGCUCGGCCUCAAGCAACAAUUUUGCCAGGCAGAUCCAGCGCCGUUUCAAGGACACCAUUGUCAAUGCAAAGUACGGGGGACACACAGAGGCUGUGCGACGGCUCCUGGGUCAGCUUCCCAUCAGCGCACAAUCGUACAGUGGCAGCCCUUACCUUGACCUCUCUCUCUUCAGCUAUGAUGACAAAUGGGUUUCGGUCAUGGAACGUCCCAAAACAUGUGGUGACCACCCAAUCAGAUUUUAUGCCCGAGAUUCUGGUCUGCUGAAGUUUGAAAUCCAAGCGGGACUUCUGGGUCGACCCAUCAACCAUACUGUCCGGCGCCUAGUGGCAUUUACCUUCCACCCUUUCGAACCCUUUGCUAUCUCUGUGCAGCGGACUAACGCAGAGUACGUUGUCAACUUCCACAUGAGGCAUAGCUGCACGUAGUUUUGCUCCGCUGUGGACACUGAAUAGAGACAUUUUAUUAUUUUUUUCCACGGAUACCCCAAAGCCAACGUCAGGCUGACGGAAACCAAAACACUAAGCCUCUUUGGAGGGGUGCUGUUUCAGCCCUGUGAGGUUUGAACCUCACGGGCACGA